UUUAAUAAAAUCAGGACUUUAACAACUUUUAAAGCUAAACAAUAUCAAAACGUUUUAAGAUAUGUUAUUAUUUCAACAGUUUUUUGUUUGUGGUUCAGUGAAUCUGUCAAAACAAUAUUUCAUUAUUUGUUUAUGUUUACAAAUUGUAAGACAAUGUAAAGGUUUUUAAUAAAUUGAUCAAGUUUGUAAAACAAUUAUUAAAUAAAAUCAAACAAUUAAGGAAAUAUGUAUAUUUAAAGAAUUUUGUGAUAAACUAUUGAUGUUAUAAGUUAAAACUGGAAUAGUUUAAUAUGCGUAACUGUUGCCUUUGCCAUAAAAACGUAGACCCUGAAAAUGGUUUACUAUUCAACAUUCCAAAAGAUGAACGCAGAAGAAAAAAGUGGAGUGAAAUUUGUCGUAUACAAUUCUCGACUAACUCUCGUAUAUGUGCUGAUCACUUUUCACCCUCCGAUAUUAUAAAAGUUUUAAAUAAAUGUUCAUUAACAUCGAAUGCUGUGCCUUUUGUACAGCAUAGAAAUUUGGAAAUAAUGGCAGAAGAUGAAAAUAAUAAAACUAAUGAAAACUGUCGUUGUUGUUCAAAUCCCUCGAAACACUUUAUACAACUUGAUGAUUAUACUAAGACAAAUGAAGGAAAGGAUAAAAGUUAUCGGGAUGUUUUAUACGAAAUAAUACAGCUAAGUUUAACAACAUAUCAAGAAAUCAAUAUGCCGCAACAAAUCUGUGAGAAAUGUGCAGCUCAAUUGGAAACUUGCUAUAAAUUUAUACAGCAGGCUUGUAAAGUUUCCCGUCAAUAUCUUGAUAUAGUCGAACAACAGACAACUCAAGAGGAUAUUAAAAAUAUUGAACAUUUACAAGAGUCGUUAAUAGAAAUAUCCGAAACAACAUCUGCGGAAGAAAUACAUGAAGAACUAAAAGUAGAACCAUUAAAUAUUGAAUGUAAUUUGGAUAUAAAAGAAGAAAAUGAAGAAAGUGAAAAUCUUUUGCCAAUGUUUGUCGAUCACAAUGAAGAGUCUCAUGAAGAAAGAGAUUUGUUGCCAAAUUCCAAUUCGGAUGAACAUUCUUCGGAAGAUGAUGACGAUGAAAGUGACGAACCAGAGUCGUUAAAUGAUAAUAAUGAGGAUCUAAAUGAUGAAACUUUAGCUAGAUCUUGCGAUAUAUGUCACAAGAUCUAUAGAAAUGAGAAAUUUCUUAAAAUACACAAACGUUACACGCAUAUGCCAGAAGAAGAUAAACUACCUUGUCCUUUAUGUGCCUACAAAGCCAGUCGUUCCUCAGCUUUGAAAGUACAUAUGGGUUUAGUACAUGGCCAGGAUAAAGUUGAGGAAUAUUUUAAACCAGUACUGGAUUCGGGUAAAAAAUAUCCUUGUAGUUUAUGUCCUCGUUCCUACGGACGUAAAGAUAGUCUACGCAAACAUGUACGAAGAAAACACAAUAGUAAACCGGCCAAAGAAGAAAAAACGUCACAUAAAAAACCUAAACCAAAGGAUAAAGAACGUUUUCUUUGCACCUACUGCGGACAAUCGUAUAGUUCUAAAUGCGGUCUGGAAAGUCAUAUACUUACACAUACCGGCGAACGUCCAUUUUCUUGUGAAAUAUGUAGUAAGACUUUUAAACGCCUUAAGGAUUUACAAUUACAUCGUGUCAUACAUAGUGACGAGAAACCGCAUCAAUGUUCGGAAUGUGGUAAAGCAUUUAAACGUGUUGAUAAAUUAAAAAUUCACAUGAGAGUUCAUUCCGAAUUACGACCAUAUAAGUGUCAAGAAUGUGAAAAGACUUUUAAGUAUCCCAGUGUUUUGAGAACACACAUGCAUAUACAUACGGGACAAACACCAUUUUCGUGUAAAACCUGCGGUGAAGCCUUCUCGUUAAGAACAUCUUUGAAUAAUCACUGUUUGAAAAAUGGUCAUGUAAAGUGAAAUAUAUUGUGAAAAUAAAUAUUUUAGUUUUAAAUAAAGAUUCGUAAAGUAAUCUCUAA